CGGGAAGGAGGGGAAGGAUUAGACACGUACGCAUGCCAGGAUCAUCACCUGUCGACUGGAUAUCGAAUCUUGGUGGUAAUAUAAUGACGGCAGCGGAGCACCGUGUCUAUUCGAGGGUUCGGGAAACGCGGAAGACGCUCCGCGAUUGGCAUGCACAUGUUCGUGGUGGUGGGAUUCAUGGACCCUUGUAUAUAGGGAGAACUUGAAAAGGGUUGUGCUGAGUAAGACGACUAGGUUGCAGAGACAAUGAAUGGACAUAAGCACGGG